CAAGAAGGUUGCUUAGGAACGUGAAUUCUGAGGCCUGGGAGGGUCUCUGAUGCCACCAUCUUCUAAAGCUCUUGCAGAUCCCCCCCAAGCUCUUUUAGCCCCCUUGACCAAAACUCUCAGGGAGGUCCUCCCAGUUUGGCGCAAGACCUCCAAGCACCAAUUUAAGGCUCUUGCUUCAUUUCUCCCCAUCCAGGAGGAUGGGGAGCAAACAGCAGAAACCCACAGCCGUAUCUGCACCCGGGUCGCUCAAAGUGAAGAUCAUCUACUGGUGAGGCGGGGAAAAGUGUGUGCAUCGUUCGGUCAGUCCUCGGGUCUGACCGCAAGAGGGUGUGCUCCUCUGUUACCCACCGCCACUAUACAGCGAGCGUGGCAAGAGUGGUUGGGCAAGGACCCGGAGACCAGGGUUCAAAUCCCCACUCAGCUGUGCGUCUCACUCAGGGUCCUUGAAGGCCAAUGGCUGUCUCUCAGCCCAACCUACCUCACAGGGGUGUUGUGAGGGUAAAAUGGGGGAGCGGGGAGGACCAUGUAUUUGAGCUCUUUGGAGGAAAUGUGAGGUAUCAACUUGGGCGCCCACCUGCAAUUUUUGGGGGGGAGUGGGUUAAAAUAAAGUACUAAAAGUUUUUUUGUGGGGGGAGCAGGAUAAUUUAUCACAAAACAAGUUGUGCCUGUACAUUUUGCCCUGUAGCUCAGGUUCUACUAAUGCUGAAAAUGUACUAUUUAUAUAUAAAAGAAAUCUGUGAAUGUGGAGAUUAUGAUACAUCGGGAAAGGGGCCCCCAACUGCCUCUCAUUCCUCCCCCCUCCUCAGAUACCCAUGGAUAUAAAUGUAGUCUAUACUGUUGUGAGUUUGGGGGAGGUAGACUGUAUGCCUGAGCCCCUUCUAAUUCUUAAAUCAAAAGAAGGAUUCAAACUGCUGAAUUAGCCAGGCAAGGGCUAUAAUGGCCCCCUAAGUAUAGGUCCUUAAGGUAACAAAGGAAGUGGCUCUGUGCCAGAAGACGAAAGGAUAAGCCCCCUCUCUCUCAAUUGCCUGGAAGUUAAUAAAACAAAAGGCCUGAGAGGUUUGUGAGGGUAGAAGCUAGGUAGAGGAGGAAGCCAGAGAGAAAGAGAAAGAGAGAGGCAUGCUUGGUUUCUCUUUGAAUCCAUGACUUUAGCUAUAAGAGAAACAAGAUCCUCUUGGGGUGUUCAUAAUGCUGUGAACCCCUCCAUCAUAGGCUCAGGUGGUAUAUAGGUGUAAAUAAACCAUAAAUCCUAAAGACACCACAGCCUCCGCUGUCCCUCAUUCCAAAGAAACCAAACCCUGGAACCCCUCACACCACUCGGAGAUUGGGGUGGUGUGCAAUAAUACUGCAUAUUUUGGAAAGUUGUUUGUCGUCUUUGGUUAAAAUAUAUCUUAACUCAAUUUUGCGUGAUGCGGCUCCUAAGAUCAAGGCGCAAGUUUCUGUCCGUGUUGUAAUACAGUUGGGCACCAUUUUGAAUCAAGAUUGCAGAUGGAACUUUUCAAACCUGCACUUAUUUCAAAACCGUGCAGGUUCUUUUGGUUUCCUAGAAUUCCUCAGCCAAUCUGGAUAUGAGGCUGCUGGUAAUAAAAUAAAUACAAUCAUAAAAUGUUGGCAACUUUACAAACAGACCUUUUUUUUUUUUUUGUCUUUUAGAGCCGAAUGAGGGUACAAAAGUCGGGUAAGUGUCCCUUGCAGGAGGGCUAUUGCUCCUCCCAAAUAUCACCCCCCCUUCUUAUUCUGCCCUGAGCACCCCACCACUGCUGAAUCCCCCAAUUCAUGCCCUUUGUGUUUCCUUAGUCCCCUUCAAAUCUUGUGAUUCUCUGAAUACCAGUUUCUGGGAAUUACAAACAGCUGCUGUUCUACUCAGGUCCUGCUUGCAGGCUUCCCUGAGGCAUCUAGCGGCCCAUUGUGAGAAUCUGACUGAAAUAUACUCAGAGUCGAGAGUGGAUUUCAUGCUCUUUAUUCAGCUCAUAGUGGUGAGGAGGAAUGAAAGUCCCCUCAAAGUAUCUGCUUUAUAUACAUUAUUUACACAAUGGGCUGCACGUGAUUGGCUAAUUCUGGAAUUCUCCUGUAGGUCAAUCAGGUUGUGGAUUCACUUCCAUCUGGAGCCGGAUUGGGUGGCUCCUGCAGGCCAAUCACACUGCUGUAUUGUUCUAGGACCAAUCAGACUGCUGCAUUCUGAAUCCUAUUGUUCUAGGACCAAUCAGACUGCUGCAUUUUGGAUCCUAUUGUUCUAGGACCAAUCAGACUGCUACAUUUUGGAUCCUAUUUAACUCAGUAGCACAUAACACUGACCCAGCCUGAUCCCGAUUUGGCCUGAUCCUGCAGGGCUCUGAGUACCAAAUAGUUAGGGGAGAGUUGCUAUCAUACUCAGGUCCUGCUUGUGGGCUCCCUUCCCAUUGGGGCAUCUAGCUGGCCACUGUGAGAACCGGCAGCCAGGCUUUUAUGUUCUUAAAUACCCCUCCUUUCUAAACCCCAAUGUUGAGAGGUGUGGUGAGGAGGGGUAGGGCACAUAGUGCUGCUUCCCCAACAGGAUAAUAAUAAUAAAAAUAAGAUUUUAUUUAUAUCCCGCCCUCCCCAGCCGAAGCUGGGCUCAGAGCGGCUAACAAUGGUAAAAUAAUACAGCAUUCUAAAAUCAAUGUGGGAUGUGGGAUUAGACCUCUGCCUGCCGCCUUGCUUUGAAAGAAAGGAAAAGAGCUGACUACAUUCUUCUGUGAUUCAUCUCUCUAGUUCUUGCAGAUUAAAAAGCUCCUGGAAAAAUGCUUCCCGAACAUGCUGGAAAUUGUAAGUGACGCGCCUCUGCGGGCGGGACCAGGAGACAACACCUGGGGGAUAGGAGGGAGUUUGGAUGCGUUGCGGUACCCUCCACACCAUACAUUUAAAGUUCUGUACGUGGCUUCCCCCUGUUGUAAACAAAAAUUGCCCUUUUCCCUUAUGGGGUAUCCAAGAGCCCAUAUAGAGUCCUUACAUAGGUUCCCUAUUGGUAGGAGAAAAUAACAGUGGCCAACCAGAGAAUAUUGAGAAGCAAAGCAGCUAGUAAGCUUGAUCUUUACUGAUCUGUUGCAACAGGGUGCUCCCCUCACACGCAGGAAAGGAGGAAGACCCAGAAAAAUGGCAUGCAAGGCCUUAUAAAGACUUUUGAAAUUGCCACCCUGUAGAUCAAGGGUCAUGCUGGCCACAUGAUCCGGAAGCUGUACGCCGGCUCCCUCGGCCAAUAAAGCGAGAUGAGCGCCGCAACCCCAGAGUCGGUCACGACUGGACCUAAAGGUCAGGGGUCCCCUUUCCCUUAGAUCAAGACCACCCCCAGAAACAUCAUACAUACAUCACAUAAGGGUUGUAACCUAAGACCACCCCUCAGAUACAUCACACCUACAUGACAGAAAAGGCGGUCCAAAAUAGAAAUUUUAAUAUUGUUCUUCUCCUGUUUUUGUUUAUCUCCUGUCUGGCAGGUUACUUGAUCGGAUUUCCUGGGUAGCCUGGCCAGUCUUUUGUAAUGAUAAAUACUUAGUUCCUGGGCCAGGUCACAGGCUCACACCCUAUUCAAACACAGACAUACCCUUAAGACAGGAUUUGUGAAGGAAAAGACAAUGGGGAGGCUUUUCCACUUUGACCAUGCAGAGAAAACAUUUGCUCAGUUUAGGAAUCAAAAUGGUUGCAGGUUGGCCUUCCUGUGCUGAUCUAUGUAUGUGCUUGGUUGGUACACUUAUGAACAUUACCAUAUAUCUAAGACCUCAAAAUUCCUAUCACACCCCAAAAGGUUCGUGGAGCUACAAUUCCCAGCACCCUUAAAAAACCUGCAGUUCCCAUGAUCCUCUGGGGGAAGCCAAGUGCUUUAUAAUUGUGCCUUCAAUGUAUGGUGUUGGUGUGACCAUGAAUAGUGAUCUCUGGUGUGAGCACAGGAAUGUUUAUUAUUCCAUUUAUGUCAUGCCCUUUCCCCCAAGGUGCCCAGGAUGGCAUCGUUUCCCCACAUGCACUGUGACCCUCACAACGGCCCUGUGAGGUAGGAUAGGCUGAGUGUGAGUGACAGGCCCAAGGUUUGCCCCAUUACAUGCCCCAUUACAUGCUCAGUGCAGUAGAUUAACCCGAGACAGUGACUGGCCUCACCCCACCCCAUUGUAAGUGUACAACAACCCUGUAAGGUAGGUUAGGGUGAGAGGGAGUCGUGGGCGCAAAUGCACACCCAAUUUUAUUCUCAUAAUGACUCUGUGUGGUCGAUUAGACUGAGGGAGAGUGACAGGCCCAAAGCCUUCCUCCCUCUUUUCCUCUCUUCUUUUCCUGACUCCUCUCCAGGUUGGGGAAGUUGCUGGUCAAGGUGCCUUUGAGGUGGUUCUCCCAGCAUCCGGUCAGGUUUUGCACUCAAAGACGGUGAGUACCACCAAAAUGGACUCUCUGAUUUGGCACACACACCUGGUACACACUGUACAUUUAAAGCUUCCCCCUAAGAAUCCCAGGAACCAUAGCUUGUUCAUUAUAUUAUAUUAUAUUAUAUUAUAUUAUAUUAUAUUAUAUUAUUUUUAUAAUUUCUAUACCACUUUAUAUUUUUAAGAAAAACCUUGAAGGGGUUUGCAGCAUAUUAAAUCAGUAAAAUAUAAAUAAGACAAUCUGAAGAAAGUCAAAUAUAGAGUAUACCAGGGGUCUGCAAACUUUUUCAGCAGGGGGCUGGUCCACUGUCCCUCAGACCUUCUGGGGGGCCGGACUAUAUUUUGGGGGUGGAAAAUGAACCAAUUCCUAUGCCCCACAAAUAACCCAGAGAUGCAUUUUAAAUAAAAGCACACAUUCUACUCAUGUAAAAACAUGCUGAUUCCCGGACUGUCUGCAGGCCAGAUUGAGAAGGCGAUUGGGCCGCAUCUGGCCCCUGGGCCUUAGUUUGCCUACCCAUAGAGUAUACAAUCAAAGCAACAUAACACAAGCUAAAAUAUUAUCUUAAAGAUUUCAAAUUAAACAUUAAAAAGGAGGUUAACUAUAGAAUACAUAUUUAACAUAGAUGAGAGAUCUAUAGAUUCAUAGCUCUGUGCAGGAUAAACUACAGUUCCCAGGAUUAUUGGGCAGGGCAAGAAAUGUGCAUUAACAAACAAAUGCUUUGUACGCGGCUGUACUACAUCCACAUAGCACAUUUCUGGAGUUCUGACAGCAUAUGGGUUUGAUUCUGCCAUAAGUUGCAAAAACCUACAACCUAAGACAGUGGUACGCUGAGGAAUCAGUGGUGUUGCAACGGGGGGGCAGUGCGCCCUGGGUGCCAUGUCUGGGGGGGUGAGAAGAAGGCACCCCGGGGGCUUGCAGCAGCGCAAGCAGCCAUGUGAGGAUCCUCCGUUCACGGCUGCAGCCGCCAGCAGAGGAUCCCAGCGCCGGCGGCAAACCACUAUGUACAGCGCAUGUGCGGCGACGCAUACAUGUGCUGUACGUAAUGAUGUCGCACAUGCGCUGUACAUAGUGGUUUGCUGCUGGCACUGCUCGAGCGCCGUACGGAUGACAGUGGGAUCCCUCUGUCGCCGCUACAGCCGCAUGUAGAAGAUCCUCCGCAGCUGUAGCGGCGAUGGAGGGAUCCCGGCACAGUCCGUAUGGUGCUGGAGCGGCACCGCCAGCAAACCGCUAUGUACCCAUGACAUAUGACCAUAUGACUCCUGCUCCCUUCCAGAGUUGCCAGCUGGGAUGUUCUGCCUGCCUUCUACAUUUCUAUGAGGUAGCUGAAUACUCUGGUCCAUGGGGUCACUAAGAGUCGGACACGACUAAACAACAAAGCUGAAUACUUAGAGCUGAGGUGCCCCCUAGUGCCCAUAGCUCCCCCAACAUUUGAAAAAGCCCAAAUAAGAAAUGAGUUGGUGCAGGUACCACUUCCAGAUGGGCAGUUGUUGUCAGAAUCAUUGCUGCUCUUGUAUGCAGGUAUUUCACAGCAUCUAGAUGAUUCUCUCAUCCUGAAAAUGCCAACCUGUACUCUUCUUUUUUUCUACGUAUAAUCUGGAUUUAUCAUUACUAUUUCUUGUUAUUUAAACAAUUUCAUUUUUAUGUAAUAUACACCCACCCACCCACACCAUCAUAUCAUAAAAUAUCUGGGCAGUGUUCAACAAUAUAUAUAUACACACUGAUAUAUCAAACACCAUGAUAAAAAGUACAAAAUAAUAUUUUAAAUGACUGGCCAGUCAGCCUGCUGGCAUAAAAAAAGUACUCAUGAGAUGACAAGAGACCAUCUAUAUUUCUGUAUUGCAGGGGGGUUGACUAAAUGGUUCUUGGUGUCCCUUCCAACUCUACAGUUCUAUAAUACAAUGUUUAACAGCUCCCCUUGGCAUCACCAGGGUGACUGUCCCAUGCCUCUCCUUUCUGUUCCUGGCCCAGACACUCGCUUCCCUUAACCCACCUCUACUCACAAUGAUACAGCACAAAGAAAGACGGAUUGAACCAUCCCAGCCAGAGACCACCCCACCUCUCACCUGGGGCUUUGCCUCCCCUUCCCCUUGCCUCUCACCCAAGGAGACACUCUACCUCUCACCAAUACAGACUCUCACCCUGAAAGGGUCAAGAGGCUUUGUCCUGUGGUUAUCCAUCUACAAACCACUGAUCUCUUAACCUGGAGAGCCCCAAAUGAGCCUCAAUUUUGCAGUGUUUUCUUGCAGGACCUCUGACCUGAGCUAUCUAGCAGCUCAGAUUUGGCAAAGUGCAAUGGUUUAGGGAGGAGCUCCUCUCUGAUCUAGCAGGUGGUUUCGUGUGUGAGAGACUGGCUCAGUUUCUUUGGGAGUUUCGCUCAAUUUGUCAAUCUGACUCCAUAGUAAACAUCAACAAAACAUGGAACCAAUUGGUUUUCUAUUAACUUGUGAUUAAUAAAUAAAUAAAUAUUGGCUUCCUGGAAGGGGCUGGUGGGGUCUAGGGGUAAAACUUGGGAGGCCUAAGUAAGAGUUAGGGUGAAUUCUGGUAACUCAGGAUUUAUAUGCAAGUCCUACUACAAAUUGCAAAAACACAUAGGGUUCCUCUGAGCAAAUGUAAACAGCAGGUGACCAGGUUUCUACUAGAACUGCACUUUGCACAGUGGCUGGUUGCUCUGCAAGCAAAGUAAAAUACUGUAAAUAUAUAAAGUUUUUAAAAUGAGGGAGGGGCAGGAAAGCCCUCUGGGCCACCCCCUGACGACACCCUUAGAAAAGUGCACAUCUUAAUUCAGUUUGCAGAGGAACUGAAAUUGUGGAAGAGGAGCUUCUGUGUGGUUUAGCUGCAUCUUGCUAAUCUGAUUGGUUCAUGUGACUGGUAGUGAUGUGCUUCUGAGAAUUGAUAGCCGUACCCCCACACAAAGAAAACUAAAGGAAGGAGGGAUCACUUUCCACGCUGCAUCCAUUCGUUCCAGUUUUUACUCCUCUGGACAUUAAAAAAAAUAAUCAAAAACUUUCCUAACCAUUCUUUGGGUUGUAUUAUCCGAUGCUAGUCCUGCUCAGAGAAAGCCAAUUGAAAUGAAUGAACCUAAGGCCAACCUGUUCAUUAACGUCAAUACGUCUAUGCUGAGUAGGACUAGCAUGCGAUUUAAGCCUUUCUCCCCAGUUGCUCAGACUGUGGCACAUGAUCCCCCUUUCAUCCUUGUAACACCCCUGUGAGGCAGGUUAGUCUAAGUGGAAAUGCCUGGCUCAGUGUCACCCAUUGAGCAGGGCACUGGACCCAGGUCUCUGCAGUCAUCACAUUAUAACACUGCAACUGAAGGAUGGGGGAACCUGCAGCCCUCCAGAUGUUGCUGGACAUUGACUUCCAUCAGGUUCUGCUGACUGAGGCUGAUGGGAGCUGAAGUCCAACAGCACCCAGAGGGCCACUGGGUCUCCCUCCCUUCUGCUCUAACCACCGUGAAGCCUUGCCCUGCAGGGCUGUUCUGCAAAAGUCAAGAGAGGGACUAGUAAUGCGUCUCCCUUCCCCUCCCUUUAAGAAUGGCGAUGGGUUCGUGGACACCAAUGAUAAGGUGAAAAAAAUCUGCACUGGCCUCAGAGCGAACCUGAAGACCAAGAGCAAAUGGAAUCCCACAAAAGAAUUGGAAUCGUUUGCAAUCGUGGGUGCGCAGUCGUCAACAGAAAGCCAAGGGAUGGGCAAAUCAGAAACCAAUCCAUCAUUGCAGCGGGCUUCAGACCAUCAACCGUCAACACUGGUGCAGGUGCAAGAACGGCGAUCAGUACCGAAGCCGAAGUUGGAACAACCGCCAACGGUGAAACAGGUGCCAAAAGGCUGAUCAGCACCGGGGCCGGCAUUUGGGCAACCAUUAACGGUGGAACGGAUGCCGGAGAUGCCAAAAGGCUGAUCAGCACCAAGACCGCCGUUCGUACAACAGUCAGUGGUGGAAUGGAUGCCGGAGGUGCAAAAGGGCUGAUCAGCACUGAAGUCGGAGUGCGGACAACCAUCAACGGUGGAAUGGAUACCGGAGAUGCCAAAAGGCUGAUUAGCACCAAGACCGCCACUUGUACAACAGUUAACGCUGGAUCGCUCUCUGAAUGUGCCAAAAGGCUGAUCAGCACCAAUGGCGGCAUUUGGACAACCAUUAAUGGUGGAGCGGAUGCCGGAGAUGCCAAAAGCCUGAUCAGCACCAAGACCGCUGUUUGUAGAACAGUCAACGCUGGACCGCAUGCUGGAUGUGCCAAAAGGGUGAACAGCACCAAAGGCGGCAUUUGCACAACCAUUAAUGGUGGAACGAAUGCCGGAGGUGCAAAAAGGCUGAUCAGCACUGAAGCCGGAGUUCGGACAACCAUCAUCGGUGGAACGGAUGCUGCAGGUGCAGAAUGGGCGACCAGCAGCACCAAAGCCGGCAUCGGAACAACUGUUAACGGUGCAACGGACGCUGGAGGUGCAAGAACAGCAAUCGACAUCAAAGCCGGCAUCGGAACAACUGUUAACGGUGGGACAAAUGCUACAGGUGCAAAAACAGCAGUCAGCAUCAAAUCCAGCGUCGGAAAGAUCAUUCACAGUGCAACAAAUGCUGCAGGAGCAAGAACAGCAGUCAGCAUCAAAUCCAGCGUCGGAAAGAUCAUUCACAGUGGAACAAACGCUGCAGGAGCUAGAACAGCAGUCAGCAUCAAAUCCGGCAUCGGGACAAGUGUUAACGUUGGAACAAAUGCUGCAGGAGCAAGAGUCAGCGAACGACGAAGCCCCCAUUCCAGGGAGGCCCGCAUUCAUCAAGACAACCAGGUAUUGGGGUGCUGGGGGAUUGGUAGAGUCUUGAAGUGAUGGGCAGAAAUAUUUGCUUGGGGAGGCCCAGGGUUCACCCCCACUCCCUAUAAAGACAAGGGAUGAGAAACCUCAGACCAGGCAUCUCUGGCUGACCCUUGGGCCACACUCUCUCCUCAGGCACACCACUUCUCUCCAGGUCACACCCCUAACUGAUACUCCUCUUUUUCACUCAUACAGGAGGGAAUCCAAAGAUUAAAACUCUGCCACUUGGCUAAAUGGCAGUAGCAGUUCUUUGCACUUUGCUUGAAAUGUUUUGAAAUUUAUUGACCAAUUUAGGGUUCCUCCUGACAUCCUUCUUAAUGUCCAUGAUUAUUUGUGCUCAUGAUGGUGUCUUGGCUGUCAUACAAAACCCCAGUUUCAGUACUGUACUUGUUUGUGCCACAAAGAUUUUGGGGUGGACACGCUUCCAGUCUGCCCAUGCCUUGAAACUUCCUGCUGAACUCUUGCAACUUCUCCAGCACUCUUUCCCCGCUCUCCAUAACAGCAUAAGAAGAGUCCAGCUGUAUCAGGCCAGGGGCUCAUCUAAUCCAUCAUCUUGUUCUCGCAGUGGCCAACCAGGUGCCCCAAUGGGAACAAGACCUCAGCACAAGAACACUCUCCCCUUUUGUAGUGUUCAGCACCUGAUAUUCAGAGGCCUAGUGCCUCUUGACAGUGGAGGGAUAAUAGUCAACACAGCUAGUGAUUGAUAGGCAGUGACGUAGCGUGGGCUGCCAGUGCCCAUACAGAAUAUGCAUGUGCAUUGCACUUACUAAUGGCCUCUGCGUCACCCAGGAGAUAACAGCCGCAGAGAUAAAAAAAAGAAGAGUUAUUUUGUUGUCUGGAGAGGUCACUUCUUGGUUCGCAUGGAGCAGCUGUUUUAAACAGAGUCCAGCAAUGGAAGUGCAUAGCUUUACCGAGGCAGUACCUGGUGUUGAAAUUCUGCACCCCUAACAAAUUUUGCAUGGGUGGCGCUGUGGGUUAAACCACAGAGCCUAGGACUUGCCGAUCAGAAGGUCGGCAGUUCGUAUCCCCAUGACGGGGUGAGCUCCCUUUGCUCGGUCCCAGCUCCUGCCAACCUAGCAGUUCGAAAGCACGUCAAAGUGCAAGUAGAUAAAUAGAUACCGCUCUGGCGGGAAGGCAAAUGGUGUUUCUGUGCGCUGCUCUGGUUCGCCAGAAGCGGCUUACUCAUGCUGGCCACAUGACCCAGAAGCUGUACGCCAGCUCCCUCGGCCAAUAAAGCAUGAUGAGCUCCGCAGCCCCAGAGUCGGCCACGACUGGACCUAAUGGUCAGGGGUCCCUUUACCUUUAACAAAUUUUGCACCCAAGGCAACUGCCCCUGUGGCCCCCCACGCUAUGCCACUGUGGAUAGCCUUAUUUUCCGGCAUCAGAUCAGAUCCAGUAGUAUAGUGGGCCCCUGUUCAGGCCAAGAUGAGAGGGCAUCUCAGGCCACACAGCUCUUCCCUUAGAUUAGCUGCAAAGGAGGGACCUAUCACUCAGCAGCCGUCCAGUGUACACUUUGCUGCCUCCUUUGCCUCAGUCCAGCCUCUCACUCACGCUUUUAAGGGCGGGGAAACCCCUCCAGAAGCAGAUAAAAUAAUGGCGGGUGGGUCCUCCUGGCCUACUCAUUGAAGUGACUGCUGUUCUAGGACGGCCAAAUGGCUUGUGCCAACCACACCUUGCACUUGCCACAACUGUGGAACAACUUCUGCCCCCCCCCCAAAAAAAAACUCGGCAGCAUCGAGUUGUGAGUGCUAGGCUGGCCAAACCUGCCAAUCUGAAUUUCUCAGUUUUCCUAAGUUUGGUUCUCCACAUUUCCACAUCAGUUUGCUAUUUUGUUUUUUUAAAAAGCCCUCUUGAAAAUUCAUCAGCAUCUUAGUGUGAAUUCCUCUUAAUUUGCAUUCUUUUGGUAUGCAGUGCACAUUUUUGCAAAGCUGUUUCCCUGGAUGCACUGCUUUUGUGCCUUUUAUAUUCACAGAUACAUGCAGCUUUAUGCACACGUUAUCCUGGUGUUUUCACAUUACUUGGCUGGGGAACUGCACUGCAAAAAGCGGAAAUUUUUAAGGGUGGCUGUGUUUUAAUUCACGUAUUGUUCCAGGAAGGGAUAUGGGUGGUGCUGUGGGUUAAACCACAGAGCCUAGGACUUGCCGAUCAGAAAGUCGGUGGUUCAAAUCCCUGCGACGGGGUGAGCUCCCGUUGCUCGGUCCCUGCUCCUGCCAACCUAGCAGUUCAAAAGCACGUCAAAGUGCAAGUAGAUAAAUAGGUACUGCUCUGGUGGGAAGGUAAAAGCGUUUCCGUGCGCUGCUCUGGUUUGCCAGAAGUGGCUUAGUCAUGCUGGCCACAUGACCCAGAAGCUGUACGCCUGCUCCCUCGGCCAGUAAAGCGAGAUGAGCACCGCGACCCCAGAGUUGGCUACGACUGGACCUAGUGGUCAGGGGUCCCCUUUACCCUUUUACCUUUAUUGUUCUAGGAAGUAUGAAUUCCGUAGAUCUGCAAGCUGAUUCAAAUUUCUCCUACAUCCCUCCUUGAGUACCCCUUUCCUGGGUGGGUGCCCUGCUGAUCCGCUUUCAUUCUUCCUUCAGGAAGUAAAGGUGCCGUUGGAGAGCAGAUUAUGCCGGGAUCGUCCGAAAAGGUGGAAUGACCUUGGGCAAUCCUUGAUAACCCCCUGCCCUCCUCAGCUAGGAUCCCCCACCUAGCUGGCAAUAAUAUUAAUAAUAAAAAUUUGGAAAAUCUA